AUGUCGAUGCCGUUCGAUGUCGCUCCUGAUGUGGAUGCAUCCACACUGCGAGUUGCACAGCUGCGCACAAUCUUGCAAGCACAUGGCAUCAUGAUGCCGGGGCAUGCACGCAAAGCUGCACUUGUAGCUGCCUUUGAAGAGCAUGUGCGGCCUCAUCUUGUGAAAGCGGAGAGCAUGCAAGCUGUACCAGAAGCAGCGCCAGUGACGCCAGCAACGCCAGCAAUGCCAGCAAUGCCAGCAACUCACCCAUCAGCGGCAUCGUCUGCGUUGUCUACACAACCAAAGAAAGAAAGCACCCCUCCGUCAAUGGGAAUUGGAACGCCAGGUAUGCGCUUCGUCUCACAAGAACAGCCAGGCGCCUCUUUGAAAGCAUCGCCACCGGCCAGCAUGGAUAUCCGAUUUUCUGACGAAAACCCAUUUCAACGUCCUGCUGUGACCCCCACGCCAUCACGGAAAAAAGCCCAGCGUUUAUCGACGCCAGUGGCAAAACCCCUGACGCCCACAUCGUCGGCGAAAGCCAAGUCGACGCCCGUGUCGAAGGCGAUGAGCCACAUGCCACACACAACAUCUCCAUAUACCCGCACGCCAGACAAGGUGCGCCAAAUAGCCAUGGCUGCGUCGCACGAGCUACAUGUGCCUGGCCAAGCAAUCGAGAUGUCUGACAGUGACUCUGCUGACCAAUCUGCCGAUGGACCAACACAUGGGUUCCCGCUCUUGCCAAAGGAAAAUCAGUCACUGUCGAUCACGCAGCAAAUCCGCAUACACUGGCGGGCGACACUGGUCCGUUGGACUGCCUGGUUCAGUGUACUUGCAUGGAUUUGGUUCUGCUGGCAAUCGCGAUUGGAAGGGUACUGCCUCUCAGGCACACAGCCACCGGUGCCUGAGCGACCCACCAAUGUAUGGCAAGCGCUGCAGGUGGUCGUCACACCAGUGUGCACGCCAUGCCCAGAACAUGGGGUUUGUGUUGGCGGCCAACUUGUUGCAUGCGAUUCGUCUGACUACACGAUAGAAGAGCCAGCUUUAGCUCAGAUCCCCCUCCUUGCACAGCUCGUGCCCCUAGGAUGGCGCGCCAGGCGCUGUGUACCUGACACAUACAAGCUCGUGCUGGCUUCCGAAUUGGCCGAUGCUCUCGUCGACUAUCUAGCGCACUUCCAUGGACAGGUUCGGUGCGGCCGGCAACAGGCACAUGAGAAUGCACCAGUCGAAGCACCAUUGGGUAUGUAUGCCUUGCCAGAAACCGAAGUGAAGACGCUUCUGCAAGCGCGUACGGUGGACACGGUCGACGCGCAUACGUAUGACGUUCUAUGGCGCAUGGUAAUCGACGGGCUUCUUGAGCAUGCACACGCCGACAUGCAGGCUAUUGUGCAAAACAAGGAUGCAAGAUCGAUUCGGCAUGGAUCGGUCGUUGAUCGAUGGCUCGUGUCGCCACGCAAGACCAUGCCGGUGACAUGUCGGCUGCGCUUAUACGUACUUGACUGGGCAUGGCGCCACCGCCUUGCGCUGUUAUGCACGUUCCUUGCUCUCGUGGGCACAUUCACUCUCUCGCGCCGUGUGCAGCGUUCACGGAUCCGUCAGCAUGUGGUAUCGACGCAUACUCAACGGGUGUUUGAGCAGCUGCAGAAACAGGUGCUUGCUCACAUGGCGGCCAUGGAGGCGGGCUCGAGCCGUGUCGUACCACGUGGCAUUCCUGUGCCACAUCUCCGCGACACGAUCCUGCAAGCGGAGCCCAAUCCUCAGGUGCGGCGCCAGCUCUGGCAGCAUGUGGCCAAAGUUGUCGAGCGCAAUGCAAAUGUACGCACACGUCAAGCACAGUGGCAUGGUGAAUGGCAACGUGUGUGGGAAUGGAUGGGCGUUGUGCCUGUGGAACGUGCUGAGAUCCGUGGCGGCCAACAAUUGGAUGAAAGCCGACUUGCCAACUCAGAGCAGCACCACAACGACACAACGACAAAUGAUAUCAACAGCACCGAUAGUGCCGACGGCACUAACCACGAGCAUGCCGACCAUGACGUUCACACGGCGUCUGUGCCUCAUGGAAGACAUGCGCGCGCAUGGGCCGCACAAUGCAUUACUUUCUAA